AUGAAGUCGAAAACGUUUUCAUUCGAAUAUUACCAUUCGUGCCACGAAAAACGUUCCAAUCAACGUGAAACUGGUACUAAUUGCAGAGGAUUGGAUCUGAAAGCACAAGAAGCUGCUCUCCGUUCGGGUCCAGAUGUCGUCGUGGCCACCCCAGGACGUCUUAUCGAUCAUUUGCAUAACUCACCAAAUUUCAACUUGGGUUCAAUUGAGGUUCUCGUUCUUGACGAAGCUGAUCGUAUGCUCGAAGAAGCUUUCCGUGAUCAAAUGAACGAGUUGAUUCGUCUUUGUGCUGAAAAUCGUCAAACUCUCCUUUUCUCCGCCACAAUGACCGAAGAGAUUGAUGAGUUGGCAUCCAUGUCACUCCAGAGACCAGUCAAAAUCUUCAUCAAUGAGAAUACAGAUACUGCUCUGAAACUUCGUCAAGAGUUCAUCAGAAUCCGUGCUGGAAGGGAAACUGAUCGGGAAUCGAUGGUUGCUGCUCUAGUGACACGUACAUUCCAGACAAAUACAAUUGUGUUCGUUCGUACUAAAAAGGACUGUCAAAGAAUGCAAAUUCUUUUGGGUCUUCUUGGUAUUAAAGUGGGACAAAUGCAGUCGAGUCUCACUCAAGGACAACGUAUCGAAUCAUUGUCUAAAUUCAAAAAAGGAGAAAUCGACGUACUUGUUUCAACUGAUUUAGCUUCUCGUGGAUUGGAUAUUGAAGGAGUUCAAACUGUAAUUAAUAUGAAUAUGCCAAAGUCAAUUAAACAAUAUAUUCAUCGUGUUGGUCGUACUGCGAGAGCUGGUAAAGCUGGAAGAUCUAUUUCAUUGGUUGGAGAAGAAGAGAGAAAAUUAUUGAAAGAAAUUGUGAACUCGAAUGCUGAUAGAACACUGAAACAACGUCUUGUUGCACCGGAAGUUGUUGAAGCAUAUAGAAGAAGGAUUGAUGAUUUGGAAGAGACGAUUCAACAGAUUGAUGAAGAAGACAGAGCUGAAAAGGAGCUCCGUAUUGCUGAGUCGUCUAUGGCAAAGACUCAACAUGCAUUAGAGACCGGAGAGGCUGGAAAUGAGAGAAGAGUUUGGUUGAUGAAGGAGUCACAAGUUGAGAAACAACGAAAACGCGAGGAGAAACGUCAAAUGAAGAUUGAUGCCAGAAAGAAGGCAAACGCAUCGAAGUCGUCUGAAGAAAUAGCCAUCGAACACGAAGCAGCAUUCCACGUACGUGCCGCGAAACGUGCUCGUCACACGAAGAAUCGCAAGAUUCGUGCUGUCGUUGAAUCAACUGGAAAAUCUGGAGCAGGACGUCAACAGAACCAAAAGAAGGCUAAUGCGAAAUCAUCACUUCGAGAUAUUCCAUUGGUGAAUGCGGGCGCACGCGGAGUUCAGAAACCACAACAGAAGAAUGGAAGUGGAUUGAAGAAGAAGAUUGGAGGUGGCGGAAAAGGAAAAGGAUUCACUUCUGCACUUGCUUCGGUAUCUCGUAAAUCUGUGAAGGCCGCGCGUCAUGGACCAGAAGAUCCGAAAUUCCAGAAGGCUCGUGUUGCUCAUCGUAUGAAGACAAAGAAACACUAA